CUUUUUGUGUUUUGUUUGUUGUUGUUGUGAUUCUGUCUCCACCGCUGAGUGGUGGUCUGAUGAUCUGACAGCAUGUUGCUGGUGUCACUGCUGCUGAUGGUCAUGGAUUGCUGCCUUGGAGCGCCGGCCAGGAGAGACGUGUACAGGAUGCCUCAGAGUGCUCUGAAAGCUCUUUCGGACCGGGGUACUGUGGUUCUGGAGGCAGCGUUGACCAGUGCUCUGUCGGCUCUGGAGCUGGCCACAUCGGAGCGGAGUCGGGCCGAGGCGGGCUGUAGAGACUGUGUACCCUGUCUCUUUCAGGACUGUGGACAGCGCUCCGGACCCUGCUCCUCUCUGGAUGGCACAUUGGCCGAGCCCAGCUGUGAUGUCAUCACCGAGGCCCAGAAGGUUCCGGAGGAGGGCGAGCGGAGUUGGGCGCUGAGCCAGAUGUGUGGAUACUACCGGCGGUGGUGCCCGCCGGGCGACACGGAGAAGGAGGCGUGUGUAAGGAUCAUGGGAGAGAGCUGCAGUGCCCGCGUGCUCCAGUGUAGCCUCCUGAACACAAUGCAGAACCUGGAGCCUGCCACACAGACACACACACAGGCAGUGUGUGGCCAGAGGGUAUCAUCGGUGCAGAACUUGACCCAGCCCCGCUCGCGUAUCGUGGGGGGUUCCCCAGCACCGCCUGGCAGCUGGCCCUGGCUGGUCAACCUGCAGCUGGACGGGGGGCUGAUGUGUGGAGGGGUGCUGGUGGACCGCUCCUGGGUGGUGACUGCUGCUCACUGCUUUGCUGGCAUUCACAGUGAGAGCUACUGGAUAGCCGUGGUGGGGGAGUUUGAUAUCACCAAGACCGACCCUGACGAGCAGGUGCUCAAGGUCAACCGCAUCAUCCCCCAUCCCAAGUUCAACCCCAAGACGUUUAACAACGACAUAGCGCUGGUGGAGCUGACCUCUCCGGUGGUCCUGUCAGAGCGUGUUACCCCUGUGUGUCUACCAUCAGGUCUGGAACCUCCAACUGGCAGCCCCUGUCUGGUGGCCGGAUGGGGCUCCCUCUACGAAGAUGGUCCGUCAGCUGAUGUGGUGAUGGAGGCUGAGGUUCCCCUGCUGCCCCAGAGUACCUGUAGGAGCGCCCUGGGCAAGGAGCUAGUCACCAACACCAUGCUGUGUGCCGGAUACCUCUCUGGAGGCGUCGACUCCUGCCAGGGGGAUUCUGGAGGCCCUCUGAUCUAUGAGGACCACGUGUCAGGUCGCUUCCAGCUGCAGGGCAUCACGUCCUGGGGAGACGGCUGUGGGGAGAAGGGCAAGCCUGGGGUCUACACACGGGUCAGUGCCUUCUCUGACUGGAUACUGGCCGAGAUACUGAUGUCCUCUGGGAGCCGGGAGCCGACAUGUUCUGAGCUGCUGAAGAUGUCCGAGCUGUCGGAGGAACAGCAGAGGUCAGAGUUCAGCUCUCUGUGUCGUUUCUACGUCCAGUCCUGCCCCCCAAGCCAGGGGUCUGCUGCCUGCAACCGCCUGGCUGAGGAGAAGUGUCUCAGCCGCUUCAAGAAGUGCCAGCUGCAUUCGUUCCUGCAGACCCUGCUGGACCUUCUCCAGAGAGCAGAGGACUACAUCAGAGACAAGGUAGACCUGACCUUCUUCACCCAGAGCCUGCCUCAGCUGGUGGAACACGUCUACAGCUCAGCCCUCACCACCAAGGAGAGGGAGAGGAGGGAGAUUCCACGGGGAACAGUUUCUAUAAAUAAGAAUCCCAUGUAUUAA